AUGAAUCGAAAACAGCAGUUAAUCGAACAAUUGCUAUUAGACCCAGCAAAUUACGAAGCCGUAACCGCCGAAAAAACUUCAACGAAUAAAAUAUUUGACGAUUACACAAAAUGUUGUAAAGAUUAUCGGGCUUGUUUAACUGAGAACGAAGCGGUUGAGUUUGAGGAAAUGCUCGGAGAGUAUAACAGUGUUAGCAGGAACAGGGAAGAGCUCGAAAAUCGAGUAGAAGAGUGGCUACAAGACGUUCAAAACAAGAUUAUUGACGAUAAUAAGCAAGCGAAAUUACAGACGUCGCGGUUAAGUGAUCACGGCGGCUUGACAGUUUCACCAAAAUUUGAAUAUCCAAGCAUGCAAGAUCGCGUUACUCCCACGCGUUCUCCUUACGAUGAACAGAAUAAGAGAAACUCUAUAUCGCAGACUCCAACAAAGAAGGCUGAAAGUUCUAAUGGGACAAAUAUAGAACAGAAACUUGAAUUGGUUCGUAUAAAGCAAGACGUUGAGUCGAAGAGAGCCGAACUGCAGCGAAAACGUGAACUUUUACAACUGCAAAGUGAAAUCCAACUGGCUGAAUUAGAAGAGAAAUUGUCGUGUGAUGGGUUUUCUACGCUCGAAAAAGAAUACGGUGCAAAAGAAUUGGGGAAUGAUCUGUUGUAUACCCAUAAAGUUAGUCCUUUGCAACCUACUCGUGUGAACCCUGGCUAUGGUAUCCCAUUAGGAGGCUUAUCCCGCCACGAUGAGUCCACGACCAAGAUUCGGAAAUCAGAACAAGUACCGCAGCGCGGGUUUCGAAACGAAAGCUCACACCUUUCAAAGACAAUUGGAGAAGAUAUGAGAGUCGUAGGGAAGCAAGACAAUCCUGGUGAUUGGUGUGAUGGCAUAGCUUCACCAGUAUAUGAUUCCAAAGAACCGAAGGAAUUGCAACGUAUGUUAAAGAUCCAACAAGAAUCGUUGAUCAUGAUGGCUCAGACACUGGGAACGUCUAUUAGCAAAGGAUUCGAGAUGCCAAAACGAGAUUAUUUGACCUUUGAUGGUAAUCCAAUGAAUUAUCCUCGGUUUAUAGAGAACUUUAAAGUCAAUAUAGAAGAAAGAGAACAGGAUUCUAAAGCUAGAUUGGCGUAUCUUAUACAAUUCUGCACUGGCGUAGCAAAGGAAGCCAUUAGUAAUUGCGUUAUGUUACCAGACCAAGAAGGGUAUCAACGAGCGAAGCAAAUUCUGUACAAUUCCUUUGGCCAGAGUCAUAUUAUCACUCGCGCAUACAUCAACAAAGUGACGAAAGGUGGUUCGAUAAAGGACGGAGAAAACGAGAAACUGUCACAAUUGGCUCGAGACAUGGAGAAUUGUGAAAUCAAUCUAAAGCAACUUGGUUGUGAAUCGGAGAUUAACGCCCAAAGUAACUUGGAGAAGAUUGUCAUACGUCUGCCUAGAUAUUUACAAGCUGAUUGGGCGAAGGAAGCAUAUAUUAUGUUCGAAAAGGGGACGUUGCCAACGUUCAAGCACCUGUCUGGAUAUAUCACGAAGAAAGCGAAGCUGGCGAAUAGUUCGUUUGGUCAGUUGAUUGGUUCGAAACCUCAAGAUGAUGGGAAACCAAGGAAUAAGAGAACCAGUGGCGGGACAUCUUUUUCUACCCAUGGUACAGAAGAAAAUUCGAGAGACGAAUUAAACCGCGUGAAAUGUUAUUAUUGCGAAAAGACUGGUCAUACCUUGGACAGAUGUUACGCAUUCAGAAAUCAGUCUUUGGAAGAAAGACGGCGGUUAAUCCGUAAAGAGAAGCUCUGUAACCUUUGUCUUCGAAAAGGACAUUUUGUGAAGAAGUGUAGGGGACGAGAUUCCUGUUUGGUUGCGGGAUGUGGUCAGCGGCACCACAGUCUCUUACAUCCUGUUGUAACAGUACCUAAGCAGGAUCCAAAGACAGAAAAACAGAACAAUGAAAGUGAACCUGAGAAAAAAGAGGAGCAGGAAAUCGAGAACAACGGCGGCCAAUGUUCUGCGACUGGGGCUGGUAGACGUGGAGUUCGCCUUCGAGUAAUUCCCGUUAAAGUUCGUGGAGUAAAUUCAACACAAGAAAUUGAGACAUACGCACUACUCGACAAUGGAUCUGACGUCACGCUUUGUGAAAGCAGUCUAAUUAAGCAGCUCGGAAUUAGUGGAACACCUACAACGUUUUCCCUGACCACCAUAAGUGAAGGAGUAAAAACUAAUCAUGGAGAAGAAGUACGUCUGGUGGUUUCGAGUUUGAAUGGAGACGAAAGUGUGGACAUUCCAUGUUCCUGGACGGUAAACAAAUUGCCAGUAUCUAAAAAUUGCAUUCCAACUGCUCGUGACGUGUCAGAGUGGAGUCAUCUUGAAGGAAUAGAAUUUCCUGAACUAGAGAAUAAGAAUGUCGCGAUGAUCAUUGGUUGUGAUGUUCCCGAAGCACAUUGGGUGUUGGAUCAACGCCGUGGAAGACGGAAAGAACCCUAUGCAGUUAAAACUUUGUUAGGCUGGACUCUCAUGGGGCCAGCUCGAACCGAAGAACCAGAGAAGUUCCAUGUUCAUUUUAUCAAUCGGGAGGACAAUAACUUACAAGACCAAUUAGAGAGAAUGUUCCAGAUGGAGUUCAGCGAGACAGAUGCAAUAUCAACAACAGAAAUGUCUAUGGAAGAUCGAAAAGCUUUGUCUAUCAUGGAAAGUUCAGCGAAGCUAGUCAAUGGUCAUUAUCAAAUCGCUUUACCUUGGCGUUACGGUAUUCCAAAUCUACCAAACAACAGAAGUAUGGCCGAACAAAGAAUGAAAUCUCUUCAAUGGCGUUUAAAGAAGAACCCUAAGCUGAAAGAGAAAUACAAGAAUGUUAUCGAAGAUUACGUAGAGAAGGGGUUCGCGAGUAAAGUGAUAGAAGAACCUGCAAAACAGCUACAAAAGAAUGAAUCAAGCAGCAUUGGUCGAGUAUGGUAUCUUCCUCAUCAUCCGGUGUUUCACCCUCAAAAACCAGGAAAGGUCCGUGUUGUCUUUGACUGUGCAGCAAAGUACAAGAAUACGAGUUUGAACGAUCAGCUUCUGCAAGGUCCCGACUUCACGAACAAAUUAAUAGGAGUAUUGAUCCGCUUUCGCCUAGAGAGAAUUGCCCUAACAUCCGAUGUGGAGGCCAUGUUUCAUCAAGUUAGAGUAGAUCCCAAGGAUUGUGAUACUUUACGAUUCCUAUGGUGGCCAGACGCUGAUUUCGCAAAACCCUUAGAAGAGUAUCAGAUGCAAGUACAUCUGUUUGGAGCCACGUCAUCUCCGAGUUGUGCGGCGUUUGCAUUACGGAAGACUGCACAGGAUCAUGGAGCGGAGUUCGACAAAGAGACCGUGAAUACUGUCAACAAGAACUUUUAUGUCGAUGAUUGCUUGAAAUCGGUUCCAACAGUCAACAAAGCAGUAUCUCUUGUAAGCGAGUUAACAACGUUAUUGGCCAAAGGAGGAUUUCACUUAACUAAGUGGAUGAGCAAUAGUCGUGAAGUCUUGGCUUCAAUACCUCAGAAAGAGAGAGUGGCGUCAGUAGUCAAUUUGGACUUCGAAUCGUUACCGGUAGAGCAUGCGCUGGGUGUCUUAUGGGAUGUGGAAGACGACGUGUUUCGUUUUCGUAUCGCAGAAAUGAAAGAGAUAAAGACAAGAAGAGGGAUAUUAUCUUUGGUUAGUUCAAUGUACGAUCCAAUGGGAUUUGCUUCCCCGUUCGUUCUGCCGGCCAAGCAAGUUCUUCAACGUCUAUGUCAAGCGAAGUACGGUUGGGACGAAGUUUUGCCUGAAGAUGAAAUUGAGUUGUGGCGCAACUGGCAAGAAUCGAUAACACAAUUGAAAACCAUGACCAUUCCCAGAUGCAUCCGACAAGAUAUGUCAGCCAACCUUUGCAGAGCUGAAGUCCACAAUUUCGCGGAUGCGUCCAGAGAUGGCUAUGGGGCAGCUUCGUACUUGCGUCAAGUUGAUGAAGAAGGGAAAGUGAUCGUCUCACUUAUUGUUGCUAAGUCGAGAGUAACACCUUCGAAACCUGUGACAAUUCCUCGAUUAGAACUGACUGCAGCUGUGCUAGCUGUGAAGCUCAAUCGUCAAGUUGAAGAAGAACUAGAGAUUCCUAUUAGUCGUGUUGUAUUCUGGACUGAUUCGACUGUGGUGUUACAGUACAUUAAUAAUGAAUCCAAGCGUUUUCAGACUUUCGUGGCCAACAGAUUAGCUGUGAUUCAUGAUAUGUCAACGCCAUCGAUGUGGAGAUAUGUAGACACAAAAUCUAAUCCUGCAGAUUACGCAUCCAGAGGAUUGAAAGCUGAUGAGCAACGGAAGAUUCAUGUGUGGCUGAAUGGUCCAAAUUUCUUACGUGAAGAAGAGGAUAAAUGGCCAGAAAUGCCUGAAGGGCUUAAAGAAAUGCCAGACGAACAGUUAGAAUGGAGAAAAACAGCACAAGUACAUGAGAUUGUAACGUCAAAGGAUGGCACUGCGUUCGACAGAUUCCUGGAAUAUUAUUCAAGUUGGUAUGCUCUUCCAAAGGGUGUUGCAUGGUUCCUUCGUUAUUUGUCUUUCCUUCGUUCUACAAAGAAAUCACCUGACAAAGUUAAAGACGGUAUCGCGAAAGGACACUUGACGGUUAACGAAAUUCGUGUUGUAACUGACAAAAUCGUAAGAUACGUACAGCGUCAGAACUUUUCCGAGGAGAUUGAAACGUUGCAAACAGCUGAAACUAAGAGUGAUCGAACAAGAAAUCUGUUGAAAAGAAGCAACUUACGGAAACUAAGUCCAGUGUUACUGAAUGGAAUAUUGCGAGUCGGAGGACGCCUCGAAAGAUCAUCAUUAUCAUUUGAUGCGAAACAUCCGAUCAUUUUGCCUCAAAAGCACCAUAUCACGAAGUUAAUAAUUCGACAUUAUCAUCAAGUCGAAGGUCACAUGGGUUCGCGCCAAGUAUUGGCUACUAUUCGGAAGUUAUUCUGGAUCAUUCACGGCCCGUGCGAAGUGCGAAAGGUAAUAAAGACGUGUGUGGAAUGUCAAAAGAGAUACGCGAGACCGGGCGAUCAAGUUAUGGCUAAUCUUCCAGAUGCACGGGUAAUACCUUCCAAUCCACCCUUUACAUUCGUUGGUGUGGAUUAUUUUGGUCCGAUAAUGGUACGUCAAGGCCGCGGACAAGUAAAACGCUAUGGUUGUCUAUUCACCUGUUUAACCAUGAGGGCGGUACAUAUUGAAAUUUCUCACUCCCUUGAUGCAGAAUCAUUUCUGUGCGCAUUUAGCAGAUUUACGAACCGACGUGGUCAGCCAAGUGAUGUUUAUAGCGAUAAUGGUACGAAUUUUACAGCGACUCACUCCAUCUUGAGAGAAGAAUUCAAGAAACUUCAGUCCAAGACCUCCCAAACUUGUAUUCAAGAUCGCCUGCGAAAAAGCUAUAUCCAAUGGCAUUUUAAUCCUCCAGCAGCCAGCCAUAUGGGCGGAAGUUGGGAAAGACUUAUACGAUCGAUUCGACGAAUUCUAAAAUCAUUGUUGGAAGAACAAAUUGUGAAUGACGAAGCACUGCUGACGUUCAUGACGGAGGUAGAGAGAAUCUUAAAUGAUCGUCCACUUGUUCGACAAGAAAAUCAUCCAGAUGACCUGGACCCCCUUACACCGAACAAGCUCCUUUUGCUCAGAUCGGACAAACCCCUUCCUCUAGGAGUCGUGGUAAAUGGUGACAAGUACAACAAACGGUGGAGACAAGCCCAAGAAUUGGCAAAUGCGUUCUGGAAACGAUGGAUAAAAGAAUACCUUCCCCUUCUGCAAGAAAGGCAAAAGUGGACAACAAAGAAACGUAACUUACAAGUUGAUGAUUUAGUAUUAGUCGUGGAUGAGAAGAAACCACGUGGACAGUGGCCUCUAGGUCUGGUGGAAGAAUCGUAUCCAGAUAAGUAUGGUGUUGUCAGGCAAGUAUUGGUACGUACAUCCAAUGCGAAAUUGAAAAGAGACACAAGAAAACUGUGUUUGCUCGAAGGAGCUUAUUGA